UUUUGUGGAGUCGAACAUGUUUCGUCCGUCAGGGAUCAGGAAUCUUGUUUCUUCUUGAAUUACGUCUUCGUGCAUUGCAAGUUACAUAUGAGUGGUGAUACGUUUCUAGUGAAGUGAUUUUCUUCAGUGAAUUUUCCGAAAGUUUUUAAGAUCAGACAAAGUCGUCCCCUGGAAAGACUAUCGAUCGGGGAUUUCGUAAAUGAAAAAUCAUGUGACUUGGCCUACUCAAGGGACUGCCGAAUAACAACGCAACGACAAAAAGUCCCGAAGCAAGCCCAAUAAUUGGAAAAUGUCUGAAUUCGCGGCGGCGAGUCUUGUGGCCUUCAAUACCUUGAAGUCUAAAGCAUCGGAGAAACUUUCUAGAUUCAGAAGGAGUAAUGCCGGCUACGAGGAGUUUGAAAUGCCUCCAGAGGCAAGCAAAGACAACAGAGGAUUCGAGGACGAGCGUGGAUACAGUAGACAAGCGUCUUACGAUUCGCUUCCGGAACCAGAAAGACCACCGUUACGACAUAUCGAUACUUAUUGCAAACCGGAAUGUCCCUGUUUGUCCAAGAGAUAUACCAUCGCCGUAAUGGCUUGUGGAGGAUUCGUUAUCUCGUUUGGUAUGAGGUGUAACAUGGGAAUGGCAAAACUUGCGAUGAUGAACUCGACCGAGAAAGGCGAACCGAUGAAGUUCAACUGGACGGUCGCUACGGAAAGUGCCAUGGAUUCGUCCUUCUUUUGGGGUUAUCUUAUAACUCAAAUCCCGGGUGGAUUUCUGGCCUCCCGUUAUCCCGCAAAUAAAAUAUUUGGUAUGGCUAUAGCGAUGUCUUCGUUCCUGAAUCUUCUCGUGCCUAUUGCUCUCACGGUCCAUCCGGUAGUCGAAAUGUUCGUUCAAGUAUUGAAAGGUUUUGUCGAGGGCGUUACAUAUCCAGCCUGUCACGGGAUCUGGAAAUUUUGGGCGCCCCCGCUGGAAAGAUCACGAUUGGCUACCUUGGCAUUUUGCGGAUCCUAUGCCGCGAUGGUGAUAGGAAUGCCGCUUUCCGGUCUCUUGAGCGACGGAUUCGGUUGGACGGCGUCCUUUUACUUUUACGGUAUCGCCGGUUUAAUUUGGUUCUGUUUGUGGCUUUGGCUGGCUUUUGAGAAACCAUCGAAGCAUCCUUCGAUUUCCGCGAAGGAGCUACGAUAUAUCGAGGAUUCGUUGGGUCAAGGACAAGUUCCAGCACCGAUACUUACGUUCGCCACAACACCAUGGAAGAAAUUUUUAACGUCGAUGCCGGUCUACGCGAUCAUCGUCGCCAACUUUUGCAGAUCCUGGAACUUUUACCUCUUGGUUCUCUUCCAAGCUCGCUUCCUGCACGAGGCCUUCAAUAUUCCUCUCGUCGAAACUGGCAUGGUCGGUUCGCUCCCCCACUUGAUGAUGACGAUUAUCGUCCCGUGCGGAGGUUUGUUGGCUGAUUAUCUUCGUAGACGUGGCAUCAUGUCGACGACGAACGUUAGAAAGCUCUUUAAUUGCGGUGGCUUCGGCAUGGAGGCAAUCUCCUUCUUGUUAGUCGCGAACGCGACCAUGCACAGGGACGCUACGACGGCGAAUUUUGCUCUCAUUUUUGGUGUCGCCUGCAGUGGCUUCGCCAUUUCCGGCUUCAACGUUAAUCAUUUGGACAUCGCACCGAAAUACGCGAGCAUCCUGAUGGGCAUGUCAAAUGGUAUAGGUACGGUAGCCGGCCUUCUGGUACCGUUUUUUGUCGACUACAUCACGAAAAAUAAGGCUUCCGAAGAGUGGAGAAACGUAUUCAUCAUUGCCGCUUGCGUUCAUUUUUUCGGUGUCGUAUUUUAUGGAAUAUUUUGUUCCGGAGAGUUGCAACCCUGGGCCGAUUCCACGGUCGAGGAACAGAAGAACUGGAAUCCCAUGGACGAACUUAGUCAGACGAAACCACCUGUACCUCCGCCCCCGGCGACGAUGCAGUCAGAAUUUAUUAAACAGCCGUCCCUCGGCGAUGGCUCCACCGCCGAUGAUUGGAACAAUUAUGCUCAACCGACGACGACCGCCGAUCAUACGUACGGUCAACCACAAGAGAAGACGCCCGUUAUAAAUUACGGUUCGACGGAGACAAACAGUAACAAUCCUUUCCACUCGACGAAUCCGUUCGCGACGGAUCUAAACGCGAUUUUGGUUCAGCCACCGGCCAGAGACGAUUAUACGCACGACCUUACGCAGAAUCAAUGGAAUUGAAGUUGAUUUCUUCGCGCUGAUUCUCGAAGCUGAUUACGAGUAGAGAAAAAGAAAUGGGAGGACGGAGUUGAGCGAGGAAAGUAUUCCUUCCACUUUCGAAAGUUUACUUUAUUCGUUUGUUAAUACUCACUUGAAUUUCUUCAACUUGCGUUCAGCCGUCGGCAGAGACGCGUAUUCGUUUUCAAUAAACAUCGCGAUGCAUAAACGAUCGAGAGAACGAUGCUCUACGGAAAAGUGGAGAAUU